AUGGCUAAAGACAUGGCUCAAAACCGUGACGCUUCCCAAGUUUUUGGUGUUGCUAGAAUCUACGCUUCUUUCAACGACACUUUCGUCCACGUGACUGAUUUGUCCGGUAAGGAAACCAUCGCCAGAGUUACUGGUGGUAUGAAGGUCAAGGCUGACAGAGAUGAAUCUUCUCCAUACGCUGCGAUGUUGGCUGCUCAAGACGUUGCGGUUAAGUGUAAGGAAGUCGGUAUUACCGCUGUCCACGUCAAGAUCAGAGCUACUGGUGGUACCAAGACCAAGACUCCAGGUCCAGGUGGUCAAGCCGCUUUGAGAGCUUUGGCUAGAUCUGGUUUGAGAAUCGGUCGUAUCGAAGACGUUACCCCAGUUCCAUCCGACUCUACCAGAAAGAAGGGUGGUAGAAGAGGUAGAAGAUUGUGA